AUGCAAUCCGCUCAAUAAUAACAACAACAACUUUUAGAUUAAAAGAGAUUUGAUGAACUAGUUUAAGAUGCCAAGGAUUUCGAUCCUGAUAAAAAGUUCAUGGCUGCUAAUGAUUUAUCCAAUGCUCUAUCCAAUGGCUAAUUGAAGGAUACAGAUUACGACACUGUUGUCAAAAUUCUUCUUAAUUAGCUUAAUGAUGACUCUAAUGAAGUUCAAGGUAACUCAAUUAGAUGUCUCUCUAAGAUCAUUAAUAAGCUCUAAGAAACUUAAGUCGAAAAUGUUUCUAAGACUAUGAUAGUUAAGGUUAUUGAAGAUAAAGGAGAAUAUAGAGAUGUUUAUGCUACUUGCUUGAAAACUUUGAUUAAUGGUGUGCCUUCUAACUAUGCUAAGGCUGUCUAACCUAUCCUUUUACAUGCAAUUUAAGGUAUGGAACAAAAGCUCAAUAAUAAGGAAUUCGAUGUUUAAGAAGAACUAUGUGAUAUUCUCAACAAUCUCUUUAAGAAAUGGGGUUAGUCUUUAAGCACAACUAAUGCUAAUGUUAAGAAUUUGACAAAUAUAUUAAUGAGCAACAUUUCAAAGGGUGAAAGAAAUUCUCUUAAGAAGAAAUCUUGCAGCUGCUUAGGAAGUUUAGGUCUUAUUUUACACAAGGAUGACAUCGGAAGAGUUGUCAAGGAACUCUUGUAAAAUAUUAAAAAACCUGAUAACCAAAAGCAAAUUCAAUAGCAUUUAAGAGAAAAGCAGAUUUAUGUUGUCUAUGCUUUAAGUGCCAUAUCCAAAACUGUUGCUAAAAAACUCGGCUCAAAUUUGAAGGAUUUAAUUAACAUCAUACUCAAAGAUAUUAACUAGUAUGUUGAAGAAGUUGAUGACUACGAUUUAAUCAUCACAAUCUCUGAAAUGUUCGAAUCAUACUUAAGUAUUUUGGAAAGUCUCAUUAAGGGAUGUCCUGAUGAAAUCAAGGAAUAUUUCCCUCAAAUAGUUGACCUUUCUUCAUAAUUGAUUAACUAUGAUCCUAAUGGUCAAGCUCGUAUCAGCAACGGAGGCGAAAUGGAAAUAGAAGAUGGAGGUGAAGAAGAUGAAUACGAUUAUCUUUCAGAUGAUCAAGAUGGCGAUGAUUCUUCAUGGAGAGUUAGAAGAGCUGCCUUAAAUAUUAUUGAAACUCUUGUUAAGAGUGAUAGCGAAAUGAUUCGUCCUAUUUUUGAAAAGUGUGUUUCUUCUCAAAGUGAAUAAAGCACCAUCGUCUAUAGAUUAGGAGAAAGAAAUGAAAACAUCCGUUUUGCUACUUUCUCUUGCCUUUAGACUAUCAUCCGUGCUAUAGUCAUUUCAGAUGUAUCACAUGAUAAGGGAGAUGAUGAUUUCGAUUAAGAAUUGAACUCUGGUCCCCAAUUAGUUCGUGUUAAAUCUGCUGUCAAAGAAUUUAACAUUUCUGAAAUUAUUAGUGAAAUAUUCAACACUCUCACUUUCAUUCUUGAAAAGGAAAAAAAAGUUACAUAAGCUAUCUUAACAGGUGCAUACAAGUUAAUUGAAAGCAUUUCAAGAAAUUUAAGCAGAUAGGUAGUUAGCGAUCCUAGCAUUUGGCGUUUGGCUUUUGAUUUGAUUAAAAGAACUAUUGAAAACAAGGCCUCUCCCAAUGAAUUGAAGGUUACUGCUUUUUCAAGUUUACGUAAGCUUUUGAAGAACUACCAUGAAAGCAGUGAAAUUGCUCAUCUUUAAAAUGAUAUUCCCAACAUUUUUAAACUUGCCAGUGUAGGUCUUGUUUAAGAUUACUUUAAGAUUGUUGCAGAAUCCUUCCGUUGCUUAAAUAGCUUGUUCAACAUGAUCAACAAAUAAUUUAACUCUGCUAUACCUACAUUCAGCGCUAGUAUCUAAUAAAUAUUCCCUUAGAUUAGCGUUAAGUUAAAUAGCUCCGAUAUCGAUUAAGAAAUUAAGCAAUCAGUUCUCAGCUGCACAACUUCAUUACUCGUUAGUCUCCCUCAAACCAUUUAAGCCUAACAAAUUAAAGAUAUCAUUAAUGCUAUUUCUGAAAAAAUUAAAUCUGAAACCAAGAAGAUUCCUGUUCUUAAACUUUUAAAGAAAAUCCCUCUUUCAGUUCAUCCCCAUAUAACUGCUGAUAGCAUUAAACUCUUGAAUUCAUCAGCUGAAAGUAUUUGUGAUUUGCUUGCUAAGCAAGAUCGUUCACUUCGUGUUGCUAGUCUUGAAGCUUUAGACAAGACUUUAGUUCUUUUAAGCGAAAAGAAGUCUCCUCUAAGUGCUAAAGCCAGAGAUAACUUCAUCGCUUUAGCUUAUGAUUUCUUAAACGAUAAAGAUACUUGGGUUGCUUAACUCUAUUUAUCGGUUCUCAAGAAAUCCAUUGAAAAUGCUCCUCAAAGUCCUCAAUAUUAUACAAAAAUUAUUGAAUCCAUUACCAAGUUCUCAAAUUCUUCUAUUGUUUCCAGUGCUCACUUUAGCUCUCUUUAUGAAGUUUUCGCUACCUUAUCCAAGCUUAAUCUCUCUAACAGAAGCUAAAUGAUUUAAAAUUUGAUAGCUACUGGUAGUAAAGAUAGCAUCAAUUCAGUUUCUCGUGCUAUUUCUUCUAUUAUCAUUGAGCUUCCUGCUGGAGAACAACAAACUUUCAUUAAUUAAAUCUUUUCAACUGCCUCUUCUGAUAAAGAAGUUGUUUUGAAGAGACAAAUAUGCUUGGUCACACUUGGUGAAAUCGGAAGACAUGUAAACUUGUGCUCAGGAAAUAUCCUCCAAGAAGUUUAAAAGAUCUUAAACAAUAAAUAAAAUAACGAAGAAAUAAGAACUGCUGCCUCUAUUUCUUUGGGUGGUAUUGCUAUUGGAAACUUAAAUAUGGUUCUUCCUCAAGUUAUCUAAACAAUCAACUCAGGUUCUGAAGGCCAAUACCUUAUGCUUAACUCUUUGAAGUAAAUCAUUGAGCAUUCUCAACAACUUUCAUAGAGCAUCAUCUAAAUCAUUCCUAACCUCUUCAAAGCAACUGAAAACGGUGAUGAAUCUCUCUGCAACAUUAUUUCCUACAUCAUUGGUAAGGUUACUCACUUAAACUUAAAGGAAAUGAAACCUCUAAUCUUAUAAAAUUUAUCCUCCAAGAACUAAAAUACUAAGUACACUACUGCUAGUUCAUUUAAGUAUUUCUGCUUGAAGACUUUGAAAAUUGAUAACGAUUUACGUGAGUUAGUUUACGCUCUUAUGAAUAAUAUCAAUGAAAAAGAUAUCCGCACUCGUACUGCUAUUCUUAAAUCCUUAAAUAUGAUAUCAUACAAUCUUCCAAAUGCUAUAAUUUAACACAUUAAUAAAAAUGAAUUCUUCUUACCAGUAAGAGAAGCUCUCAGAUUCACCUAGAUAAGAGAAAUAGAUUUCGGUCCUUUCAAGUAAAAGAAUGAUGAUGGUGAACCUGUACGUAAUGCUGCAUUCACUCUUCUUGACACUGCUAUCGAUCAUCUCCACUACAGAGGUGUCGAAAAUUUCGAAAGAGAAAUUCUUGAAGAAGUUCUCUAUGAAUUUGCAAAUGAAUCAUCUGAAGACAUUAAAAUUCUUCGUUUCUAAAUUUGCACAAAGUUUGCUCAUAAGGUUCCUCUCAAAGUUACUCCCUUCCUUGAUUAAAUUUCAGAAGUAUUCCUUAAUGUUUUGAAACCUUAUGCUUCCAAGGCUGAUGGUGAUCGUGCAGCUGAUAUGGUUAGAACUGGUUUAAUCUGUUGCUUAACUCUCAAAUCUAUAGCUGAAGAUGAAUCCAAUACUAAAUAUCUCAACUUCUGGGAGUUAGUUAUGAAAACUGAAAAAUAUAGAAAUAUUAUUAAUUCAAUGACUAAUUGA